GAAAGUCCAUUGUGUCAAGAAAAUGAGGGGUUUGUCUGCGUUGGCUUUUGGGUUGGUGAUUUUGACCUUGAUCAGUGCAUGCCAUUCAGAGGCCAUACCAUGCCCCGAGGUCACACUGACUUUGCUGCCCUGUCGGCCGUUCUUGGUGGGUACUCGCCCUGACUAUCCAGGAUUCUCCUGCUGUCUCGGUGUUCAAAGACUUAACCGCGAGGCUUCCAUGACCAAUACCCGCAAGGCUCUUUGUCGAUGUUUUAAGAAGGCUGCUUCAGGACUUCAUGUUGAUGUCGACAAAGCGAAACAGCUUCCCCAGCUUUGCAAUGUCAAUAAUCCUGUACCCAUUGACCCCAACGUGAACUGCAACAAAUUUCAAUGAUCCCCACAAGAGGUUUUGGAUGCCAAUAAAAUAAAGUCAUAAACUUGAGGAUGG